AUGAGCAGCCACCGCCGCCACGCCCGCUCGCCGGCGGUGACGCCGCUGGACCAGGCCCAUGCGCUGGACGAUGAAGACCUCCUCGGCGAGAUCCUCCUCCGCCUCCCGCCGGAUCCCUCCUCCCUCCCCCGCGCAUCCGCCGUCUGCAAGCGCUGGCGCAGCCUCAUCUCCGACCCCGGCUUCUUCCGCCGCUUCCGCCUCCGCCACCGGCGCAACCCGCCCCUCCUCGGUUUCUUCGACAGGUAUGCCGGUCUGUCCUUCCUGCCUACUCUGGAGGCCCCCAACCGCGUCCCUCCCGGGCGCUUCUCUCUGGAGCACGACGACGACUUCGAGCGCUCCAUGUCCCUUGGAUGUCGCCAUGGUCUCUUCCUCAUCUUCCUUUCGAAGCCACGCCAGGUCCUGGUGUGGGAUCCCAUCACUGGCGACAAGCACCACAUUGCCGUUCCCGCCGCGUUUGCUACAGAGAAAACCCACGGCCUGGUCAACGGGGCGGUGCGGCGCCCUGCCGGAGAGGGCAAGCACUUCCAGGUGGUCUUGGCAGUGGCAGACGACAAACAACAAGCGCUCGCCUGCGUUUACUCGUCAGAGACAGGCCUAUGGGGAAAUAUCAUCUCAACACCGGUUCCAGACGAUGAUGAUGAUGGGAUUCCCCCAAUGGUUUACACGGAUGACGCCGUGAUGGCUGGAGAUUCCCUUUACUGGCAGCUUGCUGGGACAUCUGCAAUUCUGGAAUUUGAUUUGGUGAAGCAGAGCCUAGCUGUGAUAGAGGUGCCAAUGGAUACGUCUGGCGAGGACAAAAGCUUGAAGAUCAUGCGGGCCGAGGGCGGUGGGCUGGGUUUACUCUUAGUGUCAGAUUCAAACUCUACCGCCCAACUAUGGAAGAGGGAGACUGAUGGUGAUGGUGUUGCUUCGUGGGGGCUUGCAAAAACUAUUGAACUGGACAAGCUACUUUCGCUGAAACCAGAGGAGCAAGGGAUGCUAGUGGUACUGGGGUUUGCUGAGGAGAAUAAUGUGGUCUUUCUAUGGACAGUGAUCGGCGUCCACAUGAUCAACCUUGAUUCACUCAAGUUCAAGAAGCUUUUCAAAACCAACCACUUUACCCACUAUCAUCCAUUUGAAAGCGUCUACACUGCAGCAACAAGCGCUGGUGGUGGACAUGACGGGGCUGAGCUUUUGCUCAAUGCGUAAGAUGAUUGUCUGGUUGAAUAUGCUAUUUGAUCUACCGGUU